AGGAGAGCCGAGCGCUGUCUACGUGGGAAAGAUGGACGCAGCUGUCACACAGGACGACGGCAAGAUGCAGAAAUCAACAAAUAAACCCAACUUUGUUCCCGAGAACAACGAAGAUCCCGCCUCCGAAUCUGGACACGAUGAAACGCAGCACGACUUCGUGCUUGAUUUCGUGCAGAAGGAGUUGGGCGGCGACCUGAAGUCGCUGAAGAAUGUCGCAGAGCUGCUGGAGAAAGUCCGAGCGGAGAAGGAGAUGUUGGAGGAGCAGGUGUUGUCCGCUUCCAGUGCUUCGCCUCUGAAAGUGUCCGCAGCACUUGAUGCUGCAGAAGAGGCCCAAGCAACGAUGACGAGCCUGCUGAAGAGACAGGCCGUCCUCUCCAAAGGCCUAGAUCAGCAUCUACAGGAGGCCGAGCCCUGGGUAGACGAGCUAUGCCAGAACAUCGACCAUGUGGACACUAUGGAGAGGAGUAUGAGAUACAUGCAGUGCCUUCAGCAUAUUGAGGAGCUAAGUGACCGCAUACAGCAGUGCCUGAUGACCAACAGCGUGUGGGAGGCCAUCGACUCGGUGGCUGCCAUGGCAACCCUGGACGCCGGGCUGCAGGCGUCCAGCUGCCUACACCUGCAGGGCUUCCUGAGAGCAACGCUGCGCUUCUGGCACAAGAUCAUCAAGGAUCGUCUAGCAAGUGACUUCGAGGAACUGUUAACUCUUCUUCACUGGCCGUCCAUCUCGCCGCCCAUGCAGCCUCUGGCGCCCCCUGCCAACGCGCAGGAGAUCAGCAGCCAGCUGGACCUCCUGGUGUCCCAGCUGAUGGCUUUACAGACGUCUGACGACCUGAUAUCGGAGAAGGCGCUGACCACGCUGCCGGGCGUGCCCCAGGCCUCGCCGCUCUCCCUGCCCGUCCAGGUCAUGGUGCUGCCGCUCACCAAACGCUUCCGCUACCACUUCACCGGCAACCGCACCACCAACUCCCUGGGAAAGCCUGAGUGGUACCUGACCCAGAUUCUCAUGUGGAUGGGGAACAACUCUGCCUUCAUGGAUGACAAGAUCCAGCCCAUUCUGGACCGGACUGGAUCGAACGUCAACGCCAGGGUGGAGCUGUGUCGCGGCCUGCUCAGCCUGGCCCAGGAGAAGCUGACCCACGACCUGCCGCGGCUGCUCUACGACGACACCCUCUUCUGCCACCUGGUGGACGAGGUGCUGCAGUUCGAGAAGGAGCUGCGCAGCACGCACUCGUACCCGGCGGCGCUGCCCGGCCUGCUGCACAUCCCCCUGGAGGACGCCACGCUGCAGAAGUGGCUCACCGUGGAGAGGAAGAUGGCGCUGGAGAAGGUGGACUCCAUGCUGUCGGGCGAGGGCGCGUGGAGCUGUCAGUACCGGGACAUCAGCGACGUGGACGAGCUGAAGGCCCCCGACUGUGCAGAGACCUUCAUGACCCUUCUGCUGGUCAUCACCGACCGCUACCGCGCCCUCCCCUGCUCGCGCGCCCAGCUCAAGUUCCUGGACCUGCAGAGGGAGCUGGUGGACGACUUCCGCAUCCGUCUCACGCAGGUGAUGAAGGAGGAGUCCCGCUCUCCCCUGAGCCCUCGCUACAGCGCCAUCCUCAACGCCGCCAACUACAUCUCCACCGUGCUCGCCGACUGGGCCGACAACGUGUUCUUCCUGCAGCUGCAGCAGGCGGUGGUGUCCCUGGGCGAGGUGGAGGCGGAGGGGGGCCGGCCCGUCCUGGGCCCCAUGGAGGCGGGGCGUCUGGCGUCCCUGGAGGGGUCCCUGUUCGAGUCCCUGCUCGCGCUGCUGGACCGACUGAGGGGCGACAUGAUUGGACGGCUGCUGGACACCGUCAUGAAGGACGUGCGGGAGAAGGCGCAGCUGUACCGCCAGGACAGGUGGCUGUCGCUGCCCUCCCAGUGCGACCAGGCCACCAUGUCCCUGUCCAGCUCCGCGUGUCCCAUGAUGCUUUGCGUGCGGGACCACCUGCUGACCCUCCAGCAGCGCCUGUGCGGACCCCUCUUCCAGAUGGCCUGGCAGGGCCUCGCCGACCGGCUCAACAGCUUCCUGUACCAGGACGUGGUGUUGUAUAACCAUUUCAACGAGGGCGGGGCAGCCCAGCUCCAGUUUGACAUGACCAGGAAUCUGUUUCCUCUGUUCGGCCACUACUGCAAGAGACCUGAGAACUUCUUUAAGCACGUGAAGGAGGCGUGCAUCGUCCUGAGCCUGAGCAUCGGCUCGGCCCUGCUGCUCCGGGACCUCCUGCGGGAGGCGCUGGAGGGGCGCGUCUCCCUGGACCGGGAGCGCCCGGGCGGGGCCGCGGAGGGGGCGGGGCCGGGGGCGGGUGGACCCUCCCCGGAGCAGGCGCUCAACGAGCUGGGGGUCUACCGCCUGGCCCCCGGCGACGUGCUCAUCCUGCUCAACCUGCGGGCGUCCUGGCCCGGCCAGUGACCCCCCGUGACCUUUUGACCUCUGACCCGGCCGAGGGGUCGUGACCUCUGACCCCUGUGGUUGGGCGGGGUUGUCGAGGCGGGGGUGGAUCGAGUCGACGUUGACGUUUGUUCGGAAACUUUGUUUUUCCUUUUUUCGUUGCGUUGUUUAUAUCCAUGUUGGGGUCCCGGGAGGUUUACCCGUGGAAGGAUCCGUCAGGAAGGAUCCGUCAGCGCCUGGGAAACAACUGGCGACCUUUUAGUAACGUCUGGAUUAAGAUAAACCCCCCCAAGGUUUGAUUUGAAGGUGACGUACGGCACCACCAGGUGUGAGUGAGAUUAGCCGUUUGGAAAAUCUGCCUCUUCUGACAUCACAAGUGGGCGGGUCCACCCAGAUGUAUGACGGCUUGUAACGGCUAAUCACACUCGCCCCUGCUGUUAUAAUAUGGGACCUUUUCACGUUUGUUAGGAAACGUUACUUUUAUCUGUGCGUUGUUUAUAUUCAUGUUGGUUUUCUGGAAAGAAGCCCGUGGAAGGAUUCAUCAACGACCCCCGACCUCUCAGUAACGUCUGGUCUUUGAGCUACGAUACUCUCCCCAAGGUUUGACUUAACGGUUAGUUAACGCUUGAAUAUACCCCCCCCCCCCACACACUCAGCUUCCCCCAGCUCUCCACUGCACUAAUGAAUUAAUGAAGCCAUUUCAACCUUUCAAACUCGAUUGACUUUGGAUGUGAUCGUCGUCCAUGCUGCUGUUUUAGGCAGGAGACAGUACUUUGGGUCCCAUAUAAAUGUAUAUGUGAUCGCUGUUUAUAACGUGUUGGUUAUGACGCAAGAUUAUAAUAAACAAAAUGGUUACUGGA